UAGCAAGGUAAUAAUUAGUGAGGCAUUCAACUAGUAUUUAAAAUAGCAUACAGCGCGCAUUGGUAUUUACCGCACCAUCGAUACACUCGGUGGGAAAUACCAAUAGUGAGAUAUCGGAUAAGAAACAUCGAGAAGAGAGUGAGGGCACUUUGUAAAUGGCGAUUGUGAGAGACGGACGCGCAGCUAAUAAAAAAGAGUUACAUUAAAUCACCGGACGGCCUACAAUUUCAGAAGUGGGAUACGAUCAAUCGCCGCCAGUGAAAAAUAGCGAAAAUUUUUAUUAUCUCGUCCGUCGAAGACGCCAUCGCUGAAAAAAAACAUGUCGGACUUGGUCGGCACGGAGGAGUUCUCGGCCGCCCAGCUGCGCGAAUGGCUGGAGUACCUCAAUCUACCAAAAGGUGGAAGCAAAGCUGCCAUGGCAGCGAGACUUAACGAAAUACCAGUAGAGCUGCGGGGACAGGGACCACCGGCAGCCGAAACAUGCGAGAACGAGAGGGAAGAUGAGGCGGCCGCAGAUCAAGACUCGACGAAGAGCGAACGCAAAGAGAAGAACGAAAAAGCACCGCAAGCGCCUGGGCACAACAACAACCAUGGCGAAUAUCGAGCAGAGGUUGAAAUGUUAAAACUGCAAAUCGAGCUGCUGAAGCUGCAGAGCGAGAGGGAGAAGGAAGGGAGAGGAGAGAACACAACACCAGCCGCCAGCAAUGACGCUGGCGUCAUGUUGCUAAAUGCCGCCAAAGACAUGUUGCCAACAUAUCAUGGCAACAUUUCUGGAAACAACGAUGACGUCACAACUUGGAUCGCGCAGUUUAAGGCCGUCGCAAAAGUGAACAAACUGAAGGAUGAGAAGCUACUAAUGCUGCUAAUGUCGAAGCUUAAGGACAAAGCAUUGGUGUGGCUGCAUUCGAGUCCGGAGCACAUGUCGCUGCCAAUCGAUCAAUUGUUGAACGUCAUGGAAGACACUUUCCAUCCCAAGGAAAGCAAACUGUUGCUCCGUCGCAAGUUCGAGUCCCGUUCAUGGGCACGUGGCGAGGAGUUCUCGAUGUACUUCAACGCCAAAGUGUCGCUGGCAUCCCGCAUAGUCAUUGACGACGAGGAGUUUAUUGACGGAGUCAUCGAAGGUAUCCCAGAUGUAGGCCUGCGUAGGCAAGCCCACAUGCAGUGCUUUGGCGCUCCAUAUCAACUACUCAAGGCGUUCGAGAAGAUCAUGCUGCCAAAGAAGUACGGUUCAACUGAAGGGGCAAACACUGGAGCCUCGCCAACACCCAUUCGCUGCUACAACUGCAACUCUUUGGGCCACGUGGCAGGGGAGUGCCGCAAGCCCAAGCGCGAAAGAGGAGCGUGCUACGGAUGCGGCAGCAUGAGUCACCAGGUGUCACACUGUGACGAAAAGAAGUACAAGAUUGCCUCAUCGACUCAGGGAGCCCAAUAAGUUUUAUGAAGUUAUCGUGUCUAGAGCACCAGUCGGAAAAUAACCUAAAUAAAGUGGAAGAGCGCUCACGAUUAAGUUCGAACGAAAUCAAAGAAGAUGAUUUAAGUUUAUAUAAGUUUAACAAAGACAAGAAAAACAGAGAAAUUGAAUUUAUUUUGAAUAAAAAUGCGGAUUACGCUUAUGUUGGACUAAAUAAUAGCAAA